AUGGCUGGGAAGAAAAAUAAACCCAAGAAUCAAUGGACCUCAAGCGGUGGUGGUAGUGGUGGUAGUGGGAAGAAAGGUGAAGUAGUCCAAGGAGAGAGAUUGCAAGCAGUGGUUUUGACGGAUUCCUUUGAAACAAGGUUUAUGCCGUUGACACAUGAAAAGCCGAGAUGUUUGAUACCAUUGGCCAAUGUUCCGUUGAUUGAAUAUACGCUUGAAUUUUUGGCGAAAGCGGGGGCCAGUGAGGUUUAUUUGAUAUGCGCUUCUCAUGCAGAUCAGAUUCAAGAAUAUAUCGAUAAUUCUAAGUGGAAUCUACCGUGGUCGCCUUUCAAGGUUUCUACUAUUAUAUCUUUAGAAUCCAGGUCGGUGGGAGAUGCCAUGAGGGAUUUGGACAAUAGAGGGUUGAUUACGGGGGAUUUUGUUCUUGUAAGUGGUGACUUGGUGACUAAUAUGGAGUUUGAGAAGGCAUUAGAAACGCAUAAGUCCAAGAGAGCGGAGGAUAAAGAUCACAUUGUCACUAUGUGUCUGAGCAAAGCGACGCAGUUCCAUAAGACCAGGUCUCAUGAACCUGCAAUCUUUAUGUUGGACAAAUCUAACAAUAGGUGUCUGUAUUACCAGGAUAUUCCUUUGGCUUCGUCUAAAAAUAAAACAGCCAUAGAUAUAGAUCCUGAGCUUUUGGAGAGUGUCGAGGAAUUUAGUUUGAGGAAUGAUCUAAUUGAUUGUCACAUUGACAUUUGUUCCCCCCAUGUACCUGCCAUCUUCCAGGAGAACUUUGAUUAUCAAUACUUGAGAAGGGACUUUGUGAAGGGUGUGUUGUCGAGUGAUUUGUUGAAGAAGCACAUCUACGCUUACAUAACUGAUGAGUAUGCUGCUAGAGCGGAAAGCUGGCAAACAUAUGAUGCUAUUUCGCAGGAUUUUCUUGCGCGGUGGUGUUAUCCUUUGGUAUUAAACACCAAUCUUCUAGAAGACCAGACCUAUUCGUACGAAUCGAAACAUAUAUAUAAGGAGAAAGAUGUCAUUCUUGCACAAUCAUGUAAGAUUGGCAAGUGUACUGCAAUUGGAUCGGGAUCUACCAUUGGUGAAGGAACGUUUAUCGAAAACUCUGUUAUUGGUAGAAACUGUCAAAUUGGCGCCAAUAUCAAAAUUAUCAACAGUUAUAUUUGGGAAAACACUAUUAUUAUGGAUGGGAGUGUGGUAACACACUCUAUUGUAGCCUCGGGAGCCCGGUUGGGAAGUGGAGUUAACUUAGAAGAUGGUUGUGUUAUUGGUUUUAACGUUGUCAUUGACGACUGUAAGACGAUUCCUAGUGGCACAAGGAUCUCUGCAACACCGGUGACAUCCGUGCACUCUGAUUUGUAUUCCAAUUCUUACGGUACAGAUCAAGAGGAUAGUGAUAGAGAAGAAGAACUAAGCGCUAAGAAAGCAGCACCCAAGGCUACAGAGCUCGUGGGGGAAAAUGGUAUCGGUUAUAUAUUUGAAAGCGACGACUCCGACGACUCCGACGAAACAGAGGACGGCGAUGGUAUCGGUACAAACACUCUAUGUUAUAAAAUGGACGAGCUGUAUCUCUCAGACGUUUCAAUAAACUCUGCGGCGGGAGCAAAGUCCAAAAAGAGAAGGACCAUGUCCACCACGAGUUACUACACUGACAGAGAAGAUGACUCCGAUGGCUCUGACGAAGAAGAAAACUUCGAAAAGGAAGCAAUUGCUACAGUAGAACGCGCCAUGGAACACAACCAUGACCUAGACACCGCUCUACUUGAACUCAACACCCUACGCAUGUCCAUGAACGUAACAUACCACGAAGUCAGAACCGCCACAGUCAUCUCAAUGCUCAAACGCGUCUACCACUUCAUUGCAACCCAAACUCUGGGACCCAAGGAAGCCGUCACAAAGGUAUUCUCCCAAUGGGGGAAGCUCUUCGAACGCCAAGCAUUCGAUCUCCAGGAGCGCGCAGACCUCAUGAACAUCAUCAUGUCCCGCGUCAUCGUCCAGAACUUCGAAAGACCUGAAUUCAUCCUCUUCAACGUCUACAACUGCCUCUACGAAACCGAUAUCCUCGAGGAAGACGUCAUAUAUACCUGGUGGGCCUCCAUCCAAACCCCCUCCUCCCCCCCACCCCCAAUCACAUCCCUCACCGCUAAGUGGGUCGACUGGCUCAAAAACGCCGACGAGGAAUCCUCCGAAGAAGUCUCCGAUGACGCUUCAGACGAAGCCUAG